AUGUCAUACUGUUCUGGCGAAAGAACCGGCGACCUCGACCGGCGAAAGAAGGCGCUGAGUUGUAGAUUUGGAGACCGCCUUUCUGGUGUGAAGGGAUACAAUCUGUACUAUGCCAUCGAGACUAUACCGGGCGCUUCAACAGCUGAAGUUGUUGGUGAUGUGCCAGCGAAUGUCAAAAACACAGUGAUGCGUCGAUUCAUUAUCGGGCCGGUUGCAGAGAGGGCUGAUUGGAACAAAGAACGCGCAGCGAUGGAUAGAGACAGGCACAUCUCUUCGAGAGUCCAAAUGGAUCACACAUAA